CAAGAUGGAGUCGCUCGGCCGAGCUGGGCAGGAGAUGAGCCUGGCGGCCCUGAAGCAGCACGACCCGUACAUCACCAGCAUCGCAGACCUCACGGGCCAGGUCGCGCUGUACACCUUCUGCCCGAAGGCCAACCAGUGGGAGAAGACUGAUAUAGAAGGGACCUUAUUUGUAUACCGGAGGUCAGCUUCACCUUACCAUGGUUUUACCAUUGUGAAUCGACUGAAUAUGCACAACCUAGUUGAGCCAGUCAAUAAAGAUCUGGAAUUUCAGCUCCACGAACCGUUUCUUCUAUACAGAAAUGCAAGCUUGUCGAUCUACAGCAUCUGGUUCUACGACAGGGACGACUGCCACCGCAUAGCCAAGCUCAUGGCCAAUGUGGUAGAAGAGGAGACCCGGCGGUCCCAGCAGGCUGCUCGGGAUAAGCAGAGUCCCAGCCAGGCCAAUGGCUGCAGCGACCACAGGCCCAUCGACAUCCUGGAGAUGCUGAGCAGAGCCAAGGACGAGUAUGAGAGGAAUCAGAUGGGCGACUCCACUAUCUCCAGCCCUGGGCUGCAACCGAGCACUCAGCUGUCCACUCUGGGAAGUACAGAGACUUUAGAAGAGCUGCCCCCCGGGUCACAAGACCAGACCGCUCCGACUGGACAUAAGCAUCUGACGGUGGAAGAAUUGUUUGGAACCUCUCUGCCCAAGGAGCCGCUCAUGGCUGUGGGCCUUGAUUCAGAGGACAUGGAGAAACGGCCGGGAGAAGCCUCGCAGAAGGAGCCCAGCACGCUCCUGCCCUUUCCCUUCGAGCAGCCAGGAGGGGGCCCACAGAUGGAAAGCCUGGGUGUGCAGGCCACUCCCCUCCACUCAGUGCCACCCGAAGGCCCCGCCCCAGUGCUCAUCACUCCUGCCUGCAUCACGCAGGCCGGUGAUAAGCAUGCCUCAAGCUAUGUGAGCCCCCUGAGCCCUGUGCUCAGCCCCCCUCUGCCACCAGAGACUCCUCAUGCCCAGAUGCCCCCCAGCUUACCUCGAAGCAGCGCCAGGACGCAGGCAGUGAAGACCACACCCAGACAGAGGUCUCCUCUCCUCAACCAGCCAGUCCCCGAGCUCAACCACCCCUGUCUGAUAGCCAGCCAGAGCCCCUUCAGGGCCCCCCUCAGCAUGACGGGCUCAGCUGGGGCUUCCCUCGCAAGCGUGGAUCUUCUCCAGAAACUCAGGUUGACGCCACAGCAGGACCAAUUGCAGACACAGUCCCUUGGGAAAGGUGCCAUGGCGCCCAGCUUUCCCCCAGCAGCUGGCCAGCUGGCCACACCUGAGAGCUUCACCGAGCCUCCUGCCAAAACCGCCACAGCCAGAGCCGCCACCGCAGCCCCCCUGCGCAGCAUGGUGCUCUCUCCCUUCCAGUCUAUGCAGCAAAGCCAGGACGCGGACGUGUUUGCACAGCCAAAGGGGUUACCCGGUGCCAUCCCGGUUGCAGGCGCCCCAGCCACAACACCUUCUGUGCUGCUGUCCCCAAGUGCUUUCCAGCAGGUCACCGCAAGGUCCACGGAGCUCGAGAGGACGGCCAGCUCCCCUUCUCCUCUGACCGUGGGCACGUCAGAGCAUCAGAGAAAGCCUCCGGUGCUGCUCAGCAAGGCUCAGCUCCAGGACACGCUGAUACACUUGAUCAAGAACGAUUCCAGCUUCCUCAGUACGCUUCACGAAGUCUACCUGCAGGUCCUGACCAAGGGCAAAGACGGCCUCAGCCUGUGACGAGCGGAGCCGCAGCGCCACCUCACACAGGCUUCCUCGUGGGACAACCUGCAUUGAGCCUCGUUCCCUGCGGAUGGUUUCCAAGUGAAGCAGCACCGGCAGCCUUUGUUUUGUCGGGAAGACAAGACGGCUGUCUUGCGUUCAGUGGGUGUUUCCUCCUCUGUGAUCGAGCCCAGGAGCCUGCUUGGCAGCUGGCUGUCGUUUCCGAGGAUGCCGGGCGGGGAGGCGGCACCAGCAGUGCAGCUCUGCGCUCAGCCCCACACGCUUGCCCUGGCAGCACCACUCACUGGAGCAGACGGGGAAGCUCUGUGCAGAGGAGGAGUUGGCCAGCCCUGCCUGCAGAAGCUUCGAAUUUUAAGGAUCAGAGAUUUUAAGUUGGAAAAUUAGGACUUGAUUUGUUUAGAUGAAGUCUAUUUUAUAUAAAUGCCCCAUUUGGGCCUUAAAAGUU